AGCAGCAGUGCAGUGUGCUGACUCCCCACAGCCAGACUCCCCCCUGUUUAGUGCCGAGCAUUAGAACCACCCCCAGAAUCUCAGUUAAGCAAAGGGGUUAGUUUCCAUGGAGACAGGGCAUCCUUUCUCCAUGGCAACCCGAAAUCCCAAAACCCAUCAGGCUCAGGGAUGAGUCAUCUGUGAUCAGUAGGGGGCACUCUCCCAAGGCUGACCCCAAGGCCGGGACAGAAGAGCCAUCCACCACAGACUAAAAGGUGCCCCAAAGGCGAGGCUUGGGCCCCUGGGGAGGAGGCAAGUGAUGCUUAACCCCUUCCCUCCCUCCUGCGGUUUGAGGCGGCUGCUGCGGGAAGCCCUGUGUGGAGGUGGUAGUCCCGCAGCUGGGGCCGCAGCUGGGGUCCUCGGAGUGGUACCUGCAUGGACAGGAUCCUGCCCCCCAAGGCUGGGCCCAGAACAGAGAGGAAGUAAGUACUGCCAGGGCUGAGUGGACACACAAGAGUUAACUGGCGGGUGUGACAGGGCGCACCGCCCUCAGGAAGUGUUACUCACCGUCGGGAAUGUGCUCUCGCCUUGGGGGCUGGCUUGUCUUCCUGAGUCCCAGGAGUAACCGAAGGAGCGCCCUGCCAUGGAGAGCACUGGGGAUCCCGGAGCAGGCCUUGGGGAUCCCGGAGCAGGCCUUGGAGCCCCCAGCCCUUCGAGCUCCUCCUCGGCUGGGCACCUGGAGAGAGAAAAGCCAUCCCAGGACCCACUGUAUGACGUUCCUGACGCCGGUGGAGGGCAGACGGGUGGGCCCCAGCGGCCUGGGCGCACUGUGAGCCUUCGGGAGCGCCUGCUGCUCACGCGGCCAGUGUGGCUGCAGCUGCGGGCCAACGCAGCGGCCGCGCUGCACGUGCUGAGGACCGAGCCCCCAGGGACGUUCCUGGUGCGGAAAUCCAACACUCGCCAGUGCCAAGCCCUGUGCGUGCGGCUGCCAGAGGCCAGCGGCCCUUCCUUCGUCUCCAGCCACUACAUCCAGGAGAGCCCUGGGGGCGUCUCCUUGGAGGGAUCUGAGCUCGUCUUCCCAGACCUAGUCCAGCUCAUCUGUGCCUACUGCCACACCCGGGACAUCCUUCUCCUCCAGCUUCAGCUCCCGAGGGCCAUCCACCAGGCAGCCACCCACAAGGAGCUGGAAGCCAUCUCCCAUCUGGGCAUCGAGUUCUGGAGCUCCUCCCUCAACACCAAGGCUCGACCAGGCCCACCCGAAGGCCCGUUGCUGCCCCGGCUGAAGCCACGGUCCCCGCAAGAGCUGGACCAGGGCACUGGAGCCGCCCUGUGCUUCUUCAACCCCCUGUUCCCAGGAGACCUGGGACCUACCAAGCGGGAGAAAUUCAAGAGGAGUUUCAAAGUACGCGUAUCCACAGAGGCUUCUAGCCCCCUGUCUCCGCCUGCUGUGCCGCCUCCCCCUGUCCCGGUGCUGCCGGGGGCAGCCCCCAACCAGGCAGAAAGGUUGCCCCCUCGCCAGCUGCUGCGGAGAGAGAGCUCAGUGGGGUACCGUGUGCCAGGGGGUGCCGGCCCUAGCCUCCCUCCCCUGCCCUCCCUCCAGGAGGUAGACUGUGGCUCUCCCAGCAGCUCCGAGGAAGAGGAGGGGACGCAGGGGCCUCGAGGGAGCCCGGCAACCUCACCCCGCCUGAGCCGCAGGCGGCCUUUGCUUCGGUCCAUGAGCGCUGCCUUCUGCUCCCUGCUGGCACCCGAGCGGCAGGUGGGCCGGGCAGCCUCAGCAUUGAUGCAAGACCGCCACACAGCUGUGGGCCAGCUGGUACAGGACCUACUGACCCAGGUGCGGGCUGGCCCCGAGCCCCAGGAGCUGCAGGGCAUCCGUGAGGCAAUGAGCAGGGCUCGGGCCAUGCUGAGCGCUGAGCUGGGCCCGGAGAAGCUGCUGCCGCCCAACAGACUGGAGCGUGUCCUGGAGAAGUCACUGCAUCGCUUGGUGCUCAAGCCUCUCCGGCCUACCUUGGUGGCCCGACUGCAGCGCCGACUCUCUGCCGAUGGCUCCCUGGGCCGCCUCGCUGACGGCCUUCGCCUGGCCCGGGCCCAGGGCCCUGGAGCCUUCGGGUCCCACCUGAGCCUGCCCUCCCCGGUGGAGAUGGAGCAGGUGCGCCAGAAGCUGCUGCAGCUGCUCCGCACCUACUCACCCAGUGCCCAGGUCAAGAGGCUCCUGCAGGCCUGCAAGCUGCUCUACACGGCCCUGAGGACCCACUGGGGAGAGGGCGCGGGGGCCGACGAGUUCCUCCCACUGCUGAGCCUGGUCCUGGCCCACUGCGACCUUCCUGAGCUGCUGCUGGAGGCCGAGUACAUGUCAGAGCUGCUGGAGCCUACCCUGCUCACCGGAGAGGGUGGCUACUACCUGACCAGCCUCUCUGCCAGCCUGGCCCUGCUGAGCGGCCUGGGCCAGGCCCGCCCUCUCCCGCUGAGCCCCUCACAGGAGCUGCAGCGCUCCCUCAGCCUGUGGGAGCAGCGCCACCUGCCCGCCACCCACAGCUUCCAGCACCUCCUCCGAGUAGCCUAUCAGGACCCCAGCAGUGGCUGCACCUCCAAGACCAUCGCCGUGCCCCCAGGGGCCUCGAUUGCCACCCUGAACCAGCUCUGUGCCACCAAGUUCCGAGUGGCCCAGCCGGACACUUUCGGCCUCUUCCUGUAUAAGGAGCAGGGCUACCACCACCUGGCCCCCGGAGCCCUGGCCCACGGACUUCACACCACCGGCUAUCUCGUCUACCGCCGCCGGGCAGAGCAGCCUGAGACACCGGGGGCCUCGCUGGAGGGGGCAACAGAGGAGGGCAGCGGGAAGCCAGAGGCAGGGGGCAGGGAGGAGGAGAAAGGGGGCCGAGGAGAUGGGGACAUCGAGGUCAAAGCCAGCGCCAGGGACAGCACGGGAGAGUCUGAGACGACCACCGAGCAGGAUGAGAGCCAGGCCAGGGGAGGCCCUGCUUCACCAGGCUGGCCAGAGGUUGAAGGAAGCCGGGCAGCAGAGGAGUAACUGGGAGUGGACAGAAUGGUCAUUUGGGGCAGAAAACUCUAAGCCUGCUGGGAAGGCCUUUCCGAGCCAUCAGCCCCACUGAGGAAGGCCACAGCCCCCUUAGCCUUCUCACCUGGGCGGCACUUGUGUCUGCCAUCAGCUUUGUCUGAUGUUUGCCUCUGUGACCCCACGUGCUGGCGGAGUGCCUGAACUGGCCACAUCUGGGCAUCCGAGUAAAGCUGGGCAGGUGUGGGGGACCCUGGACCAAGGGCCCAAGGCCCUUUGCCUCUUAUCCUCUUAGCCCAGCUGUAGCCCUGCCAGCCAACCCGCAGUGGUGAGCAUGCCCAACCUCCAGCAGCUGGGGAGGCGCCGCUGCCCAGGCAGCCCCUCCAAGCUGGGGGCUGCACAGCCCUGAAGGGCUCCACCUACUUCCGGGCGUCAGGAAGACUCAAGGAGGCAGCGAGGGCUCGGGGCCCCAGCCCCGUUCCAGACCCCUAGCUCCUCCAGCCGCAGUGUGCUUACCUGUAAAGUGAGGGUGCCCUGCCGUCCUGUUUUCCCGUCUCCUAGAAAACUUGCAGGAGUCCAAAUGGAUGCAAAGCAGACUUCAGACUACGGGAAAGGGGAGGGAAGGAGCUGAGGUGUGGACAUGGCCUCCCUGUCCCUCCAGGGGUUGCUGUCUGCACUUUCCAAAGGGUGACAUCCUCCAGUCGCCCUGAAGCUGGACAAGCACCCAAGCUCCAGUCUUUCCCCAAGAUGGAAAGGCCUCCUAGGCCCUCUGGCAUCGCAGGGGAUGGGACGGGGAGACGGGCUUCCAAAACAGAGGGCGCGGGGGCUCUCGGACCUCAUGAGAGCUUUACAGGGGGUCAUGCAGGAGAGUGACUGCUAAGAUGUCACACAGCAGGCCUUUAGGGGCUCCCCCACCCGAACCAGGGCAUCAGGUUCCAACUACACCCUCCAGGCCUCUACUCCAAGCCACCAAUAAGUGAACCCUCAAGGCUCAGCUGAGCAAGCAGCAGCUGCGAGCAAACCAAAUGUUGGCAGCAACCACAAGGGGGUGUGUGUGGUCCAGGAAGCUGCGAAGUGGUGACAUGCAGGGGCGGGGGAGGUGGCUCCAGGACCUCGACAGCAUAGGUGGUCAUGGGCUGCACUCCUGCACCCAGCCACCAGGCAACGGCACAAAGCCAGCCCCACAGGGACCACUCUGGAAAAGGAACUGUGCCCUGCUGGUCACAGAGGUGUUCCUUCAGGUGCUGUGCACCAGAGGACAUCGGCCCACAAGUCCAACACGAUGACUGGAAGGUGGAAAUCCUGGGCAUUGGGAUUUCAGACAAACCAGAAGCAGCCCAGGGGCAGGGCUCCCAAAUUUCUCACUAGGCCACCAGCAGCGCUUCCCUUCCCCCUUACGUGCGUGCUCACGCAACCCUGCUUCCCCUUGGGCCUUUGUGUGCCCUUCCUCCCUAUCCCACGCCCAUCCCUAGGGCCCUGCACAGUGCCUGACACUCCACAGGCACUCAGUCCACACUAUUCACUGAUUGGAGUUUGAUAAUGAGUGAAAGGCGGCCCCGAGAUGUGUGGCAGGUCACCAGUUCAAUUCCUGGUCAGGGCGUAUGCCUGUGUGGCAGGCCAGAUCCCCAGUAGGGGGCGUGCAAGAGGCAACCAAUCUAUCUUUCUCUCAAAAUAAAGUCUUAAAAAAAAGUGAAGGGCAGCAACCAUGGCUCGGGGCCACAAGGUGACUGCAAAUGUGAGCCACUGCCGCAGGCGCCUCGCCCAGCACACCCUGUCUGUGUGGGACAUGAUCCGAGAGGUGUGGCUUUGUUCCCUGUCACGCCAUGGAGAUGCUCAGGUCUCUAAGGACAGGCGGGCCCUAAAUUUGAUCAAGAAAAGGGUGGGGACACACAUCCGUGCCAAGGGGAAGAGAGAGGAGCUGAGCAGCCAAGAAGGACAGAGCUCCCAUCUCGUGUAAUAAAACCUGGUCAGGAAAAAAGAAAGUGAAGGGGCCCUGGCUGGUGCAGCUCAGUGGAUUGAAUGUCAGCCUGUGAACCAAAGGGUCACCAGUUUGAUUCCCAGUCAGGGCACAUGCCUGGGUUGCAGGCCAGGCCCCUAUCAGGGGGAGUGUGAGAGGCAACCACACAUUGAUGUUUCUGUCCCUCUUUUCUCCUUCCUUU